CAUCCUGUUUCACCAUGAACAUCGACGACUCAUGCCUUGUUCUCCACGGCAAUCGACUCCGCUUGGUCGAAUUACAUACAAAGGACACCACUCUCGAGGUCCUCAGCCCUAAACUCCAACAUCUACGGCCGUGCCGACUCGGGCCUGGCCGUGGCUCGUUGCAGUCUCAUCCUUGUAGACCGCAUAAUGCACGUCCGCGGGGAAAAGAGGGUAGUAAGGCAGCACCGGAAGAAGCACAACCGCGGGAUACUGCUAACCUCCUGGCUGUUAAAGAAGGGUACCACGAAGGCAGCUGGCAGUAAGUUGUCCUCUGUAGUUGCUGAUGAAGAUCAGCUCCGCGAAAAGGGUAGAGAGCAUGCUGAAGCCAUCCAAGAACGAGCAUCAAAGCGCGGCAACCAACAGGCUGCCGCUGCUGCUGCUGCUGCUGCUUCGGGGAAGGGGAAGCGCAAGGGGGCGGACGUAGCUCUCUCCGACCCUCUAGCAUUGGCUCACGAUGGCGGGACGAGAAGCGGGGCUACCCCAGAGGCUUCGCGCGAGGAACAGGCUUCGGAGGAGCGUCGCUCUAGCGCGCUGGAGUUGAUCCAGAAGGACCACGUGUUGAUGGAGCGAGUACGGGCCAUGCUGGGGGCGAGCGCUGCAGACCAGGCAGCAGCUAAGGAGGCGGCGGUCAACGCGGCGAACACUCGCGCGCUCCGUGCCUCGCUCCAAGCGCUGAAGCGGCACAGCAACAGCUCGAUAGGGUGGACCGCGUACACGACAGCGCUCGCNGUUGCGGGCUGCUACGAUGACUGCAUGGUAGCGAAGGUGUACCCCGACUUAGUUGGCAAGGUGAUGGAGAAGUCGGCAAAGGAGAAGGUUGGGAGACGCACGUUUGGAACUCAAUUGACCGGCGGUAUUGUUCCGGUGAUAUCUUCGGACGAGUCUCCUGUGGCGCCUACUCCCAACCCCAUGCCUUGUCCGACGCUUGACGAGAGUAUGGGGGAGCAGAAAGAUGGGGAGGAGGAGAUGGAGGAGGAGACGGAGGAGGAAGAGGAUGAGGAGGAGGACGGGGAGGAGGGGGAGGACGGGGAGGAGGAGGAGAAAGAGGAGAGGGAGGAAGAGAGAUACGUAAGCUCAAGAGGGCGCGUACGCAUUGCGAAGAGGAGGUUCUCGGAGUUGGGCUAG